AUGCCCGUGGACGGUGCUUCAAUUGCCACGUGGACGAGUGUGCUCGUCAGUGUCUCGUGCAUCGCCUUCUGCGCUUUUUUCGCCGCCUCAGUCUGUGACGACAUCAAUCAGUUCCUCGAUGAUUCGCUUGUUCUGUUCAAAGAGGGACAAGGAAGAACCGAUGACGCAUGGAACGAGGUGAUUUAUUUGAGCGACAAACGAUUCAAGCAAGAUCUUGUCAGCAAAUCGGUUCGACAGAAAAGAUCCGAUCUUCCGGCUCAUUGCAGUUAGUUUUCAUCUCUUUUUUUCCCAACUUUCUUUCGUUUCUCAGAUUGCCUCACUCAAAACCAGUGUCCUCCCGGACCUCCCGGACCCCCAGGGCCAGCUGGAAUGGACGGUAAGCCAGGAGAACCAGGAGCUGCCGGACCGCACGGAAUGUCGGGGGCGGAGCUUGUGAAGAUAAUGAGAAACGACGAUUCGUGCAUCAAAUGCCCCGCAGGACGUAAGCGCAUAACAUCAGGGACCGUCGUAAUUCUCAUUAUUCAGCACCCGGACCGCGUGGACUGCCGGGAUCAGUUGGAGAGCCAGGACCACAGGGAAGAGACGGCAUGCCCGGAAGAGCCGGCAACAUGGGAAGACCAGGACCGCCGGGAGCCGCAGGAGACUCGGGAGCUCCGGGACCGAAAGGAUCACCAGGACAGCACGGAAGACAAGGAACGCCGGGAGUGCGUUAUGUGCUCGGAGAGCCAGGACCAGUCGGAUUCCCGGGACCGCGCGGAGCACCUGGAAAGGCUGGGCCACCCGGAGUGGCCGAGGAAGGACCAGACGGUCUGCCGGGACCGGCAGGACCGCCUGGAAAGCCUGGAAUGCCGGGACCAAUGGGAUCUCCAGGCCAGCCGGGAGAGGCCGGGAUCCCUGGAGCUGAUGCCGCGUACUGUCCGUGUCCGCGGAGAGAGGCCCUUGUCGAAUCUUCCGUCAUUUCGGAGGAGACACCAGAAACCGGAUACGGAGAUGGAGGAGACAAGGCCAAGAGAGAGAAGACCGAGCAGCGUCAUCAGGAAGAACAGACUUAUGAGAUUUUCAAAUUCGAACAAGUUUGA